AUGACUCCUGCCUACUUCAGCUUCGCCUCCGCAUUUACACUAGGACUUACAGGACUAGCAUUCCACCGCACCCACCUGCUUUCAGCCCUACUAUGCUUAGAGGGCAUAAUACUGUCUUUAUUUAUUGCCCUGGCCCUAUGAAUACUACAGCUAGAAUCCACUGCCUUCUCUGCCGCCCCCAUUCUCCUACUAGCUUUUUCAGCCUGUGAAGCUGGUGCAGGCUUAGCCCUACUAGUUGCCACAGCCCGAACCCAUGGCACAGACCGUCUACAAUCCUUAAACCUACUACAAUGCUAA